AUGUUCAAGCAUCUUCGGAAAUGGUUUGUCACUCGAUUUUUUGGGCGUUCUCGGCGGAGAGCGAGGCUGGUCUCCAAAGAUGGAAGGUGCAACAUUGAAUUUGGCAAUGUGGAGGCACAGUCGAGGCUGAUAUUCUUUGUGGACAUAUGGACGACUGUGCUGGACCUCAAGUGGAGAUACAAAAUGACCGUCUUCAUUACAGCCUUCUUGGGCAGCUGGUUCUUCUUUGGCCUCCUGUGGUACGUGGUUGCCUACAUCCACAAAGACCUCCCUGAGUUCCAUCCCCCUGCCAACCACACCCCUUGUGUGGAACACAUUAAUGGCUUGACCUCAGCUUUUCUGUUUUCUCUGGAAACGCAAGUGACCAUUGGCUAUGGAUUCAGGUGUGUGACAGAACAGUGUGGUACUGCCAUUUUUCUGCUCAUCUUCCAAUCUAUACUCGGAGUCAUCAUCAAUUCUUUCAUGUGUGGUGCUAUUUUAGCCAAGAUCUCCAGACCCAAAAAACGUGCCAAGACCAUUACUUUCAGCAAGAAUGCAGUGAUCAGCAAGCGGGGUGGGAAGCUUUGUCUCCUGAUCCGAGUGGCUAAUCUUCGGAAGAGCCUCCUCAUUGGCAGUCACAUAUACGGAAAGCUUCUGAGGACCACUAUCACUCCUGAAGGAGAGACCAUCAUUUUGGACCAGAUCAAUAUCAACUUUGUGGUUGAUGCAGGGAAUGAAAAUUUAUUCUUCAUCUCCCCACUGACGAUUUACCAUGUUAUUGAUCACACCAGCCCCUUCUUCCACAUGGCAGCAGAAACCCUUCCCCAGCAGGACUUUGAACUAGUGGUGUUUUUAGAUGGCACAGUGGAGUCAACCAGUGCCACCUGCCAAGUCCGGACAUCCUACGUCCCAGAAGAGGUGCUCUGGGGUUACCGUUUUGCUCCCAUAGUGUCCAAGACCAAGGAAGGGAAAUACCGAGUGGAUUUCCAUAACUUUAGCAAGACUGUGGAAGUGGAGACACCUCACUGUGCCAUGUGCCUUUAUAAUGAGAAAGACGCUCAAGCCAAGAUGAAAAGAGGCUACGACAACCCCAACUUCGUCUUGUCGGAAGUCAAUGAAACAGACGACACCAAAAUGUAA